AUGGACUGUGAUUUGUGGUUUCUUACAUGCAAGCUGAUUGGGUUUUUGGGCCUCUUAAUUUCUAUGACAACAAAGAUAUUCAUGAUAACAGCAGUCGUUUACUAUAUCUAUAUGGUUUUAUCCAAGCAAAAGCUAGCUAGGUGUAUAGCCAGAGAAGGUGGAGAUAAAAUGAGUGACAGAGGGAAGAUUUCUGAAUCCUUUGAUGAAAUUUUAUUUUCAUCAAAAUUCGAUUCUGGCAACCUAGACAGGGUCGAGGAGUGCAGGUCCACACUGGGUCCUGGGACGAGGGAAUUCAACUUAUGGACUGCCCCGGAUUGUGCCGGGUUGCCCUAUGAGAGCGGGUGCAAGUCGUGGUUCUACUUCAGUGUGACUACUCCCUCUGACUCGUCUGGUCUCGUGCUAAGGUUGAAUGUCCAGAAUCUGAAUAAGCAGUGUCGACUUUACCAGCAGGGUUGUACCCCCUUUGUUAGGACGGUGCCAGGUCGUGGAGGCUGGGAGAGACUGAGAGACAAGGUCGAGUAUGAGGCCUCUGAGGAAGGUGUGUACGUGCUGUCAUACAACCUGACUGUACCUGACUCCCGUAAGAUGACCUUUUACUGUGCCUUCUGUUUCCCUCACUCGUACACUGAUUGUCAAAAGCUACUCUCUAAACUUGACGAGCAGUACAGGGGCGUGGCACAGCACUCGGAUGAGGACAGUGUUUACUAUCACAGAGAGCUUGUUUGCUGGAGUCUCGAGGGCAGACGUGUUGACCUGGUCACAGUGAGCUCUUGUCAUGGCCUGGGGAGGGAGCGAGAGCCACGACUAGACAGACUGUUCCCUGACACUGCCACAGAGAGAGCUCACACCUUUAGUGAGAAAAAGGUGAUAUUCAUGAGCAGUCGCGUGCAUCCAGGGGAAACCCCUUCCAGUCACGUAUUCAACGGGCUGCUACAGUUCAUCCUGAGAAUAGACGACCCACGAGCGGUGACACUGCGUCGACACUUUGUCUUCAAACUCAUACCGAUGUUGAACCCUGAUGGUGUGAGUAGAGGUCACUACAGAAUGAACACGACUGGAGUCAACCUCAAUCGAGUGUACCUUGACCCCGACUUUGAGCAGUACCCGUCCAUAUUUGCAGCACGUUCGCUCAUCGUCCAUCACCACCAGACUACAGGAGACAAGAGUCCCUCAUCAGCUAGCACUCUUCCAAACAUUAUCAACAAAGAUCUUCCAAAGAUGGCUACAGCAUCUGCCACCACAUCUGAAGGUCAAUCGACACAAAGCACAAUCUCUGAGCAUUCUGUAACACUCAAGUCCCAUUCUGCAACAAGUGUCAGCAAUCAAACUAGCACAUCUGAUUUGAGAGUGUACGCCAGUCACUCUGCACCCUGUCACCAGGUCUCCGCUAGUAGCCCGUCGACAUUGCCAACACCUCCACAAGAUGCUAUCUCAGUCACCAAGAAUAGCGGGCUUGCUUUCUAUGUCGACCUACAUGCUCACGCUAGUAAGAGAGGAUGUUUCUUUUAUGGCAACUAUUUCAGUGAUUUGGGCGAGCAGACUGAGAAUAUGCUCUUCCCUAGAUUGGUGGCUCUGAAUUCUCCUCAUUUGGACUUUGAGCAAUGUGUGUUCUCUGAGAAGAACAUGUACACAUCGGACAAGCGUGAUGGCAUGAGCAAAGAGGGGAGUGGGAGGGUGGCAAUGUACAAGGCAACAGGACACAUUCAUAGCUAUACACUCGAGUGUAACUACAACAGUGGGCGACAGGUCAACAGUAUGAGUGAGGCCACUCUGGCCGAGGGGAGGGCCACACCUCCACACCCAGGCUCUAACAUGCCUCACCGGUUCUCAAUACAAGACUUUGAGCAGGUUGGUCAUGCAUUGGCAAUAGCUGCACUGGACCUGUACCAGUUGAACCCUUGGACCCGCCUCCCACACACAGACUACAAGAGUUUGGCCGGGCUUAGGGAAAGUCUGCAACAGAGGGUACGCACCACUCGAGCUAAGAGAGAUAAGCCGCUCAGUGCCCGACGGGUUGGCAGGACUCCAGCAGUCGCAGCCUCGGUGUCCGCACCAUCGGUGGCUAAAGACAAUGCUCAGGUCACAAAACUGGUGAUGAAAAAUCAGCGAACACUGGGACUCUACAAAGGACCAGCUUCUGUAUCAUACGAUAUAGCGUUUGUGACAGAGGGCAAGCGGUCCUCCCGACGGAGACUCCACCCUCCCAAGGUGGGCAAGGGACGGGGGAAGCAGAGAGCUCAUACACAACCACCUGUCCAGCCCGAACUAAGCACGCCCAGUGCCGUCAAGCCGUCAGUACAAGAUGUGGUAUUUCCACUGCACAAUUUGAAGAUUGACACUGACCUGGGUCCAGGAAUAAGGGUCAAUGGUAGUCCACUACCUAUAGAGGUGUCAGGCACUCGUUGUUGUACCAACCGAUUCUCUACCAGUUCAUCCCUACGAGCCAAACCCUGCAUGGGCAAAGGCUUGCAACGAGCUAAGACCGAGCCUCUACCGGCUAUCAAUGUCACGAAGCACAAGAUCAAUCUAGUCGCGAGCUCCAAGACAAUGGUGAAGCAGUAUCGAGCUAACUCCUUGCCACCUUCUAAUGGCACUAAGAUUUUGGGAGAUUCUGGUAAGUGUAGUGUGGAGGAGCAAGCUACAACUGAUGUUGCAGAGACAAGCUAAUGUGAUGCGGCGGCAAUGCGGACAAUUGGAACUAAACAGACAUUCAUUUGAUGCAACCAAAGACGACGAUUUAUAUCACUUUUCAUUGCACAUUAAUUUUACCAUUUUUAUUAUUAUUAUACUCUAAGCUAUUCAAUCUCUUGAAUCUCUUGUUGUUUGUUGCCAAA